AUGGAUGUAUACAAUUUUUAUCUCUCAGCUUUCAGGUAUAUUAUAAACGCUAGUCCGGAAGAUAAAUCAACCUGGUGCGACAUUUUCAAAUAUAUUCCAUGUCUUCGGCAUAUGCUGUCUUGUACAGUUUGUGGAAACAUUUUGUUGAUUCCUCACAAAUCGUCUCAAGAUGCAUGUUUACACAACGUUUGUCAGGGCUGUUUAGGCGGACGAAUGAGGUUAAGGCCGUCGUGUAGUUGGUGCAAGGACCGCAGCAGAUUCCAUGAAAAUAAAAAGUUACGUGUUUUGAUUCUGUGUUUUCAGCGCCUGUGCGCUUAUGUCUCACAUUCCAGACUUGGUGAGGAAAUAUCGAAAGCGUCGAUAAAUGGAUACGGCAGUGAAGCAGAAAGGACUAUCAGAGUUUUGCAAGAGGUUGAACAGUUCUGUGAUGAUUAUGUGUUCACACCGUCACCGAUAGAAUUUCCUCGCAUUCGUAAGCCAACUGUAAGAGGGUUAAAAUCAUCAGUGUUUCGUAAUCCAACGUCUGCUGUUCAUUAUGGGGCCAAAGAACAAAACACUGAGCCAUAUAAGAGGAAGCGAGGAAGGCCAAAGCGAGUUCCCACAUUAAGUAAGAAACCUGCAAAUGCCAGCAUUGCUAUUCAUGCUAAAAAGUUAAAGAAGAUGGCUUUAACAUCUGCUAAAAAGAAGCCAUUCGCUAAAACACUUCCUCACCAAAGGCGUUUGGAAAGAAAAAGGAAACCCUUACCAGACACAAGUGGCUACCUUAUUUCUCAACGCCCACACAGAGACAAGUCAGGAAAAUAUAGUGUUGGUCAACUUUGGCGAGAAACCUUUCUAGAAGAGGUUCAACCAGAAUCUUAUCCCGACUCCGGAAUUGAAGUUGGAAAUUCUCCAGAUCAUGACCUGAAUGUUCAACCUUCUCAGUUAGUAAAGCUUGUAAGUGAAAAAUCAGAUCAUGUUAAUAAGCCAGAGGUUAGCCGUAAAGAAACACGCCUACAUAGACAUACAGAAAUUGAAAACAGAGAUGCAUCAUUGAAUGAUGUGGCUAGUGCAGUUAAUGAAAUGCAGAAACCACGAUUAACAUUAACCAUACUGAAGAAAAGAUAUCAGACUUUUCCUCGCAAAGGCCGAUCUUUUAAUCCUGCUACAUCUGUAUCAUUAAAGGAUACCGCUUUGAAAACAGGAAAGCAACCAGCUUUAAAUUUAGAUCAUGCUAACCUGGCAGCUCAUUUUAAAAAAUGGACAUCUAAUUCUGUAAGGUCAGCAAAACAGCACCUGGAAAUAUGUAGAUGUGCCCGGUUUAAACAGCCCAAUCAGCUGACUUGUUUUGGUCAGAAAUGUCCUUGCUAUAGUGAACGCCGGGCUUGUGUUGAUUGCUUAUGUAAUGGCUGUAAGAAUCCGCUGAAGCCACCAGAUUCUGCCCCAGCAUUGACCCAUGUGAAAGAAACAGACAGACUUGAUCGUACUUUUGACAGAAGCAUGCCCCGAUUAUCUCCAAUUCCCCGAUCCUAA